GCCGUGAACUUGUACAUUGACUUUACCAUCACCGGCUUCGCAAUCCCGAAGUGGCUCCAGGAUCUGUUGAAGGACGACUUUCUCAAGGACAGGAUCAAAGAAGCCAUCGCGGACGGUGCAAGAGCCAUGAUCAAGAUGAUGUCUGGGCCGAUGCAGUGCCUCCCCGGUGCCAGUGCACUCACAGACAGGAUCAUGGAUGCGGCCCUUUCGGCAGGGAACGCUCUCGCCGACCUAAUCCCCGGACUUGGCCUCAAGUGGGACUACUUACCGCUUGAAUUGCUGAGGCCUCGGAAGCUUUGGUGCAAGACGGUCAUGACACAUCCGGAAGGAUCGGAUUUCGAGGAGGCCCCCUGUGCCGCAGAGCUCGGGUGCCAGGCCGCUGGCCAGGACCCGCCGGAUGAGUCGGAGGUCGAGGUUGUGCCGCCGGAGCAAGUGGAAAC